CAGUUCUUCAAAUAACUUCUGAAAGACGAGGAUAUUUCUCCUGUGUCCAGCAAUGCCUGUUCUGGAACCAGAGCGCCCGAAGGACCGCAGGAAUAACCCUGACCUGUCCAAGCUUCCCGUUCCACCAUUACAGCAGACCCUGGACUCAUACCUGAAAUGUGUGGAGCACUUGGUCACCCCAGAGAAGUUUCAACACACCAAAGCCAUGGUGCACGAAUUUGGGGCGCCAGGAGGCUUGGGGGAAUUUCUGCAAAAAAAACUUUUAGAGAAAAGAGAGAAAACCAAUAACUGGGUUUAUGACUACUGGCUUGAAGAUAUGUACCUGUGUAACAGGUUACCGCUGCCUGUCAACUCCAGUCCAGUGCUGGUGUUUCCUAAACAGACCUUUCACACUCUCUGCGACCACCUCAGAUUUGCUGCUCGACUCAUUUCAGGAUUACUGGAAUAUAAAGCACUGCUUCAUGGAGGAGUCCUGCCUGCAGAGUCAGUGCAGGGCCGGCUGGCUGGGACUCCCCUGUGCCCGGCACAGUAUCACAGACUCCUCUCUUCCUGUCGUCUCCCCGGGAGGAGGAAGGACACGCUGGUCUGCUGGAGAGGCGGGGCCACGCCCGAACGGGAGCACGUGAUCGUGGCCUGUAGAAAUCAGUUCUUUGUUUUGACGGUGGUGACAGGCCCCUGCCGUCUCAGCGAGGCAGAGCUGGUCACUCAGCUGGAGAGGGCUGUGAAAAUGGCGGAGCUGGAGGAGGGCCGGCAGGCCCCCAUUGGCCUGCUGACGUCAGACAGGAGACCGCAGUGGGCUGCAGCACGGGACGCGCUGGGUAAAGACUCUACCAACAGAGAUUCGUUGGAGAUGAUGGAGCGAUGCCUUUGCCUGGUGUGCCUGGAUGAGACCAGCGGGUCUGAGCUCACUGACACAGACCGAGCCCUGCAGCUGCUCCACGGAGGGGGCUGCCGUCAAAACGGAGGGAAUCGCUGGUAUGACACGGCCCUACAGUUUGUUAUAGGUACAGAUGGAGCUUGUGGUGUGGUCUGUGAACACUCUCCCUUUGAGGGAAUUGUCGUUGUGCAGUGUGCUGAAUAUCUCCUCAAGUACUUAGCAGAAAGUCCAAAGCUCACCCGCUGCACCAGCGCGAGGGACCCUCCUGCCCCAAGAAGACUGCACUGGACAUGCUCUCCUGAAGUCCAAGCGCUCCUGGCAUCCUCCGCAGACUCACUGCACAGGCUUGUAAGAAAUCUGGACCUGAACGUGCACAAGUUUAAAAUUUACGGCAAGGAGUUCAUCAAAAAGCAAGGGAUGAGUCCAGACGCAUUCAUUCAGGUGGCUCUUCAGCUGACCUUCUACAGAUGUCAUGGACGGUUAGGGAACACCUAUGAGAGCGCCUCCCUUCGCCGGUUUCGGGAGGGCCGAGUGGACAACAUCCGCUCUGCUACAGCCGAGGCUCUGGCCUUCGCCGUGUCAAUGAGGGACGACCAGCCUGCGGUCCCAGAUGCUGAGAAGAUGAAGAGACUGUGGGAUGCGAUCAAGGCGCAGACUGAGUACACCUCACAGGCAAUAACAGGCAUGGCGAUAGACAACCACUUACUGGGGCUCCGCGGGAUGGCAGAGGAGCUGAGCGUGGAGAAGCCUGAGAUCUUCACCGACGAGACCUAUCUCACCAGCCACCACUUCACCCUUUCCACCAGUCAGGUUCCCACCACCGCAGAGAUGUUCUGUUGCUACGGGCCUGUGGUUGCCGAUGGCUACGGUGCCUGCUACAACCCGCAGUCGGACCACAUGACCUUCUGCGUGUCCAGUUUCCGGGCCUGCGAGGAGACCAGCUCAGCAGCUUUCAUGGGGGCUCUGGAGGACAGCCUUGUAGACAUGAAGGGUCUGUGUGAGAGAUGUAACACUGUGGCCAAGUGUGGGCAGACAAACAAAGAACCUGCCAAUCAUGUGAGUGUCAAAAAGUAGGUACUGUAGGAGGAGGGAGUGUGAUAGACACAAACCUGCUGGUCGUGCUUCCUUUUUACUUACCUAGAUUCUGGUUGAUAAUCAGAGAUUUCCAUGUCGGUCUUGCAUUACGGAAAGCUUUCCAAAGCCAUAGUAAUUUACAGAAUUACGCCCCUUAAUGAUGUUUUGGACGAUGGUCAUCAGUAGGGAAGCAGAGAAGCAAUGGUAAUAAAGCUGAGCAGUGUAUCUGGCACAUUUAUAACAUCUGUGUGUUCACUUUCCCCUCCACUCAUAUCCUCAAACAACCACAGACUUUAUUUAUGUAUUUAUUUAUUUAUUUAUUUAUUCAUUUGUUUGAUGCAGUUUUAAUGGUGAAGGUUGUUCACAACAAAUAUUGAUUUGAUUUAAUACUUAGUAAGAGUACCUUUCUAUAAAUUAUGGCCACCAAUCAAAAACAACAUUUUACAGCCUUAUAUAUGAAACCAAGAGUUCCUAGCAUCACAAAAAGUUUGACUAGGACUGCACUAACUUCAAUGCAAGAACCACCACUAAGAACUCUAUGUCCACCUGAGAGAUUGUUCAGUAAUCUUUUGUAUUUUAAGGAUUAUAUUGAUUGGGAAUCAGAAUUUCAGGACAUUUGAUUCUAAUCUUGUCAAAAGACACAUUGAGCUCAUUCAUUUAUUUCAAAUAAUAUAUUUCUAUAAUUUAUGUAUUUAUUUAUAACACAAGUAUAAUACAUAUUUUUUCAGAGAAAUCGUGUUGAUCGUUAAGCAGUACAGCAGUGUAUUUUGUAACUACAGUGGUCUGUCUGGAUGUUUAAUUAGCUCCAUUUAUAUGCUCUGUAUUUCAGUGUACGUAAACGCUUAAACUGAAUACAAAUUGCACAUGAAUAAAGGUUACAGUGUACAAAUGUGAAAAUCAUUACACAAUUACCACAUAGAGCACAGGGCAUUUAUCUGCACUUUAAAAAAACCUUUUUCCAAAAAUAUGGAAGCAAUAGUAAAAAUGUUGUUGCGUUUAAAAAUGUAUUGUUUGGCUGGUGUUUUUUUAGUAGAAAAUUAGUUUAUAUUUAUUUUUAUGAGGUAACACAAUUGUACAUUUCUGUAUAAUGUUUAAUUUAAUUAAUGCACAUUACAUUUGAUGUUAAAUAUAAUGUGUCAAGUCUUGGAAUAAAGCUGUGAAAUGC